UGCUUUGCGGGUGUCCGUCUUCCGUGCUCAGCCGGCUCAGCAUUGCGUCAGCCCAGAGGCAGACAGGUGCUAUUUCCGAGAACUCCGUUUCUCGUGUCUGCGCGCGUGCGUGCCGGCGAGCGACAAGAGGUGCGGGUUGAGAUGGCAAACGGGCUCGAGGAGGAGGGCCUGUUCGCGAGGGACAUGCCCACCGUGGCGCCGGAUCUCCUUACAGACAUACUGUGCGUGCUGGCACAACAAAACGACGACGCUGUCCGAAACCCCGAGGACUUCCUGGACCACCUGGCCCCGACCGACACCGUGGAGCUGGUGUUCCGGAGCUGCAGCCACCUCAACCUGCCCUUGUUUGUCCAGUUCAUGGCCGUCGAAUACCUCGACAGGUUCUUGGUGAAGCACGUGCGUGACCUGCGCAGUCAGCUGGGCUUGCCGGGUUCCAGCGUGUCCUGGGACUCCGUCAUGACCAGGCUCAAGGACCAGGUGCUGCUGCGGGUCCUCUCGUGUGUGCAGAUUGCCAGCAAGAAGUUCUACAGCUCCAGGGUGGUGAGCAUCAACGCUGUUCGGCGCUUCCUGAGGAGCGCCAGCCAGUCGUACAGCGCGGCCAGCGUGCUCCAGUCCGAGAAGCGGGUGCUGAGCACGCUCCAGUUCCGCGUCGAGUUCCCCACACCGCUCGUCUACCUCGAGGUCCUCCUGGACGUCAUCGGGCACAACGACCCGAGCUUCGAGGGCGAGGAGGUGUACCCGGCAGCCGUGAGGGUGUUGCAGGGAUUCUACCUGAUGCGGAUCCAGGUGUACGACAUGGCGCUCAGAGACCUGCUCCCGGACGGAGCUGCCUGCGACGACCGCAGGAGAAGGAUGGUGCGAGCCUUCAAGGCCGAUCAGCUGCUCCUGGCCUCUGCGAUCAUCCUGUCCGCCGUCCAGCUCACGUUUCCUUGCAAAUACAAGCGGGUGCUGGGCCACAUGCACCUGGUGACGCGCCUCGCCAAACGCGAGUUGCAGAGCCUGAGCAGCAUCCUGAUGGCCGUGCUGUCUAGCGAGGCUGGCCCGGCGACAGAGUAGGACCACGCCUUGGGCCCUGAGACUUCCAUUUUUCCCGCAGCGUCAGCGACGCCCGAAACACGGCCGGGCGGUCGCCCCACAUCGUCUGAACCAGUGGUUCUCAAAGGGGGGUCCGCGGACCCUUUGGGGUCCGCGAAUGCAUUCUAGGGUUUCGCAAAGCCGUGCCUCAUCAUUGAAGCCCGGCAAUAAAGGUUCUCUUUUAUUCAGA